CCGGGGCUGCUGGAAAUGGGAAGAGACUCAGUUGUCACAAGGACAAUAGAUUCCGAUCAACCUAUUGGAUUCGAAAUUCCUUCAGACCUACCUAAUCCUGCACUGUACGCUGUUCUCUUAGAAGUUAAAGACAUUGCCAAUAAUGUUAAACAGGCCAGGAGAUUCGUAAUGUUUGACAAUACUUCAAAGAUACUCGUAAGAGAUGAUAAACCGUUGUAUUCCACCACAGCAACUGAUAUCACUAAUAACAAGUGGCAGACUAACCACGGAGACCUUUGUUACUCCUGGGCUGACAGGUAUUACAAUGAUAAAUCUUAUCAUUUAAACUUGCUGCAGCCAAUAAAACCAGACUAUCACGGUCAUAUUACAGGUAUUUAUGAACAAAUAUCUGGAAUUCUUCCCGUUUCUGGGACUGCAAAUGUUCAUGGCAUAACACAUUUCUACUUUUCGCUUUCCAGUGAAACUGAAAUUAUAAGUAAGGAAAAUGUGCCUGAUUUUGCUUCUCAGAAAAUUUGUUUGUCCCCGACGAUGCAGGACGGAGAAAUAUACCGUUUUGAAAUCGAGGCACAAGACAUCAUGCAUCACACUUACACGGAACAUGUGUACACCCAUAUCGAUUCCAGCGGACCUGAAAUAUUCGAUGUAGGACUGGAGAAAGACGGUUAUAAACUUUUAUCUGUCCAUAACAGUUCAGAUCUUUCUAAAAUGAUUUUGAAAUUUAAUGCAUUAGAUAUUCACAGUGGCUUGUACUCUGUGGAUUGGUCUCUUGGAACGUCUUUCGAAGCAAGUGAUAUUGGAAAUGGCUCAUUAGGAGUAGUUCGUUUCACACAUAAUGAAUCCUGUGUGGAACGUCCGAACUGCUACUGUCCUUCCAUCGGUCAAUGUGCUUAUUUCAACUUCACGUUGAAGCUCAAUUCACUUGUGCACCUUAAUACACACAACGGCAAUCACAAUCGUGUAUACCACUUCACCCUCACGGUAACAAAUGAAGCUAGGCUGCAUUACGUAGAGCAUAUUGAAGUGUUAACGGACGAUUCACCUCCGGCUGUAGGUAUGGUCAGAGAGGGACCGGUCGGAGGACCGGACAUUGACUACACAAGUAGGGACGAAAUUAUUGUCCACUGGGACGGUUUUAUUGACCACGAGAGUGGAGUACAAGCCUAUAGGGUAGGUUUGGCUAGAACAUGUCUUGGAAGAGAAGCGAUUGAUCAUAAAAAUGGAACUGGUGUUCUAGAAGACGACAAUGAAAUAUCAAUAUUUGAGACUACAUAUAAAUCCGCCCUUUUGAUAUUACCAGAGAAAGGCCAGUACUUUGUGACCGUGGUGGCAUACAAUAAUGCCCGAGAACCCUCGGACCCUAUGUGUUCGGAUGGCGUCGUGCUGGAUAAGACUCCUCCUGUAAUAGUAAACGUUACCAUGAGGGGUGCUUCUGUCACAGGUGCAGUGGUAUGUUCCGAUGAAACUGCAUGGUACAUAACAAAGAACUUGACACGCUACCGAGUCAAUGCUGAUUGUGCUGAUCUGUGCAGAAAUACACCUGUGAACGAGUUCGCAUCGUUGUUACCUGUAGAAACAUCUCGCGAGACAAACCAACCCUGUCAGAUCGGUGUCGGUCACGGAAUAAUUUAUCUUCCACAUGAUCUCAUUUACCUCCAAUGGGACAUUAAGGACACAAGCAGUCAGGUUCACGAUGUUUAUAUAGGCAUUGGUUCAACAAAAGAGAGCGGAGCGUCUCCAGAUCUGAUAGACUUUCACAAAUCGCCACACAUUUACUCCUACAAGCAGAGACAUGUUGGCCUCAGUAACGGAGAGGAAAUCUUUAUAUUUCUGAAAAUCAUCAACAGUGCUGGCCUUACAACUUUGUCCACUUUCGGACCUGUUAUUAUAGAUGAAACUCCGCCAAUUUGUCCAUCAUCUCUGCCCGUCAGCAUUUACAACAACUCUUUGGAUAUCUACUGGGAUGAAGGAACAUUUUAUGACAACGAACAGAAAGAGCCAAUAACAAAAUUUGUAUUUCGAGUUAGUCGACAAGGCAUCUUCGUCUCUGGAUUCCGACCAAUGGAUGUUCCAAAUAACAUAAGUUGUUUCAAAAAGCACAAAACUUGUCUGACUAUCACUCUCUCUGAUUUACAAGUGUACGACGGGGACUUGCAAUCCACCUUUAUCAUCCAACUUCAUGCAUUUAACAAUGCAGGCCACCACUGUACAGUGAAUACCGACAUUUUCGUUUUACCAUCCCAGCAUUCUCCAGGUCAUGGUGUUGUACGUGAUGUCGUACCUACCGACAAUACCGAGUUAAACCAGGAACAAGAUAUUGACGUUUUGAUCCUGCCUGAUGAGUAUUGUGUAACAUGGGAAGGAUUUGAAUACCAUGGUGAUAUCAAAUUCGAGCUUGGUUUGGGGUUGUUACCGGGGACAGACGACAUAACUCCACUUCACGGUAUCCCGGAUGUAAAGUUUUACUGUGAAGAUGCGAAAACCCUUCAUCAUUACCGUCGUUACUUUGUUACGAUACGUGGCAUUACCCCUGGAGGGUUUGUGGAAGCAACAUCUGAUGGAUUUACAAUUAUAAAUUCAUCAGAUGUAACGGCUUCAUUAAAGGUGUAUGAUGGAUAUGACUGUGCUAGAUCUCAAAGAACAUCACUGAAACUCAAAGUUGGCACAGCCAAUAUUUAUACCUCAGACCAAAUUACUUUUCAUGUCGGUUAUUCCUACACACUAGAAACCAAUGCAAGUAUAAAAAUAGAAAGUGAUGACGUCAUAAUCAAAACCCAUAAGGAAGUUGAUAUGUUUCAUUAUUAUGAGUUUGUAGCAUUAAGUCCACGGUCCCACUUCACCGUAACAUCAGAACUAAAUGUGUCACUCGGUUUGAAUAUUUUGAACUGUGUCCUCGAUGUUGACAGGCAGACUAGUUCAGAUGCUGUGUCCUUGUACUGGAGUAAAGGUGUGUUUAGUCAAUAUGUUUCUCAUUAUGAAGUGGGACUACAAUUAUUGUCUCAUGGAGCUUCACCUAAGGAAACUAGUGAUUCUUUAAUACUUGCAUUCACAAAGGUACCAGGAAAGUCUGCAACGUUUACAUUCGACAACACGAAGUUAGUUAAAGGUCAUUAUUCAUGCCUGUUAAGACCUUGCAUAGAAUACCAAUGUCUUGGUACAGUAACAACGAACGGAUUUGAUAUCAUGGACCCAGUAUACGACAGCUUUUCUGUAAUCUCAACUCUAAACAAAACUGCACGUGAUUGUUCAGAUAUACACCUGAAAGUAACCGACGUACAGUGUCAGACGUCUCACGUCACUUUUGGUUUCCGCUGGGCUAUCUUUCGGGAUACAGAAGCAAAGAUACAGCUUACCAAGUGGGAUUUGCACAUUGUUAAAACACAUAACAUUAAUUUCACGUUGUCAAAAUGCUUGAAAUUGCCACUUUAUCCGAAGUUGGAAAUGUUUACAUGCGUAGAAGUUUACUGUCCUGCUGGUUCAACGGGAGUCAGUUGUGUCCCACUCAUUGUGGCAGAAGAUCCGAACAUAUUCGACAAAACCAUUCUGUAUGAGGUAGACUCAGAUGCAGAUGAAGUUAGAAACAACAAAGAUUUAUUUUAUUCAAAUAACAUCGGUGACAAGAUGGCCUGGCUACACGGUGCUGAACUUGACUUUACUGAUAGGUCUGUUCGUCCUGGCGGAGUUAUCAUUGGUAUGGGCGAUCUGUCUAUCAUGUGGUAUCUACUCAAGGAUUCGAAAAACCUUAAUCAAACAUGUGAAGAAAAUCCCAAUUGCGUGGCAUCUGUGCAAACUCUGGGAGGGUUUUCAGUCUUCCAGGGUAUCAAUCUUGAGCCGGAUAUCAUGUACUUUAUAUGUGCUACCACUCAGACGAAUGGAGAUGGAAUGUCAUCGUUGAAAACAUGUGGAAAUGGUUUUGUUGUAGACGUAAGUCCUCCAUCUACUGGUGAUGUGACCGUCAUGUCCGAGAAAGGGUUCCUUAUAAACGUCGACAGUGUUAUCGUUCAUUGGGACAGAUUCAGGGAUUUCCAUGGAUAUAAAACAACACUGGGAUACCCAUCUACAAUAGCAAAAUUUUCCUACUUCAUAGGAAGCGAACCAUACGGACAGGAUGUUGUUGCUGAAACCGACAUCGGCUUGCAUCAAUCUGUCAAGGUCAAUAACCCACCAUUCCGACCAGGAACGAUAUACUACGCUACAGUUAAAGCAUUUGACCGGGUGGGACACACUACUUCUUCCGUUUCAAAUGGAGUGGUAUUCGACAAUACUGCACCUGUAAUAGGGACGAUACAAGUUGGAACCUUUCUCAGACCGACGAAUGUAAUAUCCUCAGAACUCUGCGUCCAUUUGGUUGGUUUACAUGACAAUGAAAGCGGUAUCUAUGAAACUCAAUUCGGCCUAGGAUCGACCGAACAUGCACCGGAUGUAGUCGAUUAUCAACAAUUCGUCGGGGAGACUGCAUGUUUGUCCAACCUCACGUCACUGUAUGAUGGACAUAAGUAUUAUGCUAUUAUCCUGGUAACAAACAGAGCAGGCUUAUCUGCAGUCUCGGUUUCAGACAAAUUUAUAGUCGACAAGUCUGCGCCAACAAGGGGCGUAGUAAGAGAUGGUAUUUCAAGCACUGAUAUUGACUUUCAAUCAAACACAACUCAUGGUGGCUGUCACUGGUCUGGUUUCCAUGACCACCACUCAGGAAUCAAGUACUACUCAGCGGGACUAGGUACUAUACCUCAGGAGAAUGACGUCAGACCUUUGUCCUUCACGGGAACAAACACAGAGAUCCGGUGGACUCAUAACUUUAUACCUGGAGCGACUUACUACUGUAUGGUACAAGCGUGUAAUGGAGCUGGACUAUGUACAUCAGUGUCUUCUAACGGCUUUAAAACAGACAAUUCUCCACCACUGCCGGGGGUCGUCCAUGUUGGAUUUGAAGGUCACCAUUCAAGAUUUUGGGCGCAUGCGCACUCAUUUCAAGUAGAAUGGUUUGGAUUUGUGGACGUGGAAUCCGGAAUAAAAAAUUACGACAUUUGUGUCAGACAUGCCAGUAUCAGCGAAUGUGAUAUUCUGUCAUUAACAAACAUGUUUCUGACGAACAGCCUGACGUACCCUGUUCCACUGCCACAAAAAGUACCAUUGAGUGUUGAAAUUAGGGCCUACAACUACCUCAAUAUGUCUGUCAUUAGUGUUUCGGAUAGUUUUAUUGUCGAUUCCACGCCCCCCGUUCUGGUAGCUCCUCCAGUAUUAGGAACAGAAAACAAAGGUCUUAAUGUGUCGGUGCAGUUCGAUCCAUCCCUAUUAACAUUAAAAUGGAAAUUUGUCGAUGAAGAAAGUCCCAUUGUGAGACAAGUGGUCUCUGUAAGAACACAUCAUGAUGGACAUUCACCCGUAGAAGACGUUUAUCUAUCAACCGAAACUAGCCUUAUCAUUACACUAGACCCCCCUAACUGGCUGGUACCAGGGGAUAUAUAUAUUGCUAUUGUAACCGCUUGUAAUGAAGCAGCGCUUUGUACAAGAUCAACCUCAAACGAGCUACUUGUUGAUCCAACUCCCCCACAUCUAGGCGGAUUCCUGGAACCCCUGUCGUGGCACACGCCUGCAGACUCAAACUUAACUGGGCCUUUCAUUAAUAUGACGGUUCACGGGUUCAAGGACAUUGAAUCAGGAAUCAAAACUUAUUACGUCACGGUAGGUGACUCAUACAGUGGUUCGGAGAUAAGUGAAGGAGUUCUAACAUUUCCACCAUCUGAAGUUCACAGUGAAUCAGAAUCCUUCCAGUUUGUUUUGACCGAAUAUCUCCAGUCUGGUCGGCGCUUAGUAUUGUCGGUUUGGGCAGAAAAUCACGCUGGGUUAUUCAGCGAUAUUGGAAGAGUGACCGUCACUGUUAUAGCAUCCGAUAUAAAGGGCACUUUUGGGUACCUAGAAAUUUUAAAGCAUUCAUGUGGCGCUGAAUAUUGUAAUAAGGAUUGCACGUGCGCUGUUGUAUCACAAAAGUGCCAUACCGUUAAUAUAGACUUGGAUUGUACGGAACAUAAUCAGACACACGAUGAUGAUCUGAGAAUUCAAAUCCUACCUGGAGGUAAGGUCAAGGGUCAAGCUUUGACAGCCUCUUCCGCUUGUAUUUCUGCCAAUUGGACAGUUACUGAAGCCCAACGUCAUAACAUCAAACGGACAGAGUGGAGCAUGGGACAGCUCGGCAUGCCUGUCGGAACUGGAGUAUUUGAUCUUCUGUUAGAAAAGGUGUGGUAUGAUAUCGGACAAAGAACAUCUGUUACACAUUGCUUGCUCGGAGCAAAAUCUCUACAACACGACACAAAAUACGUUGUCUAUGUCAGAGCUUGGACAUCCACGUCAGAUUUCAUUGUGUUUACGUCACCUUCCAUUCUAACAGACAAUACACCUCCGUCCGUCAAGAAAGGGAAAUAUAUAGUUGAGAAUUCAAACGGGAUAUGUAGCCAUGACGCUGACUUUACCAUAGCCUUGGACAGACUAACUGCAUGUUGGUCAGAUGUUUUUACGGACGCUCAGAGUGGUAUAUACACCUACCGCGUGGCGCUGGGGACUAUACCAGGAGGUGACGAUGUCAUACCAAUUUAUGACGUAGGACUGAAUAAUACGAUGUCAUGGAAUGAUUUGUCGCUUUCUCCUGGUACAAAAUAUUACGUAAGUGUCACCUGUAUAAACCAUUUGGGAAUCAAAAAUAUGCUGGUCUCUGACGGCAUUUUAGUGGACAAGGAACGUCCAUAUAAAGCCAUUGUGUUCAACACUGAGCGAUUCCAUAACGCCCAUGUCCAAAACGCGCAAGAUGUGGGAGUUUCAUUCUACGGCUUCGAAGACAGACAUUCAGCUAUAAACAAUUAUUCAGUCGGCUUACAGAUAUCAGACACAGUUGUGAUGCCGAAUUCGUCUCCGGAAUUCCACGAUACAGGUUUAAGAACCAAAGUAACCUUUCAUAAAACGCCUCUUCGGUCUGGACAAUGGUUUAGGUUUGCCGUUAAAGCACGAGAUUUUGCAGGAUUUGAGAGUGACCUCGUGUAUUCAACCCCAGCUAUGUUUGACUCAACAGCACCAUUUCACAUUAACAUCACCAUGGUAACUAUGACAGAAACAGUGACGUCAUCAAACGGAACAUUGUAUUGGUUUAAGAUCUUUGGUCAGAUACAGGAACCCACUGUUUAUAAACUACAAAUUUCGUCGGUAAAUAUCACCGCAGCCAAUGUUUUCGAAAUUUCUUUUGAAAAUCAAAAGCAGAUUCAGCCAGUUAUGAUUGGGAAAGAUGGAGUAAACACACUCGCCUUGUCUUUCAUCAGCUCUCCAUUCCACGAAGGAAAUCGAUCAUUAUCAGUUUUUGCACGUGGUUUACCAAAACAUACAAUACUUGAUUUCACCUUGUCGAUAUCUGAUGACGUCACAGUUACUGGUCUCACAGACAAUGUUGUUGAAGUCUACCAAGUGUCUGCUACAGAACUCCAGAUUAACGUCGACGUGAUGGAUAAGGAGAGUGGAAUUAAGGAUAUUUAUGUCGGUGUAGGAUCUACUCGAGGUGGAUUCCAAUUCCAUCCACUGAUACACGUGUUAUCAUCCUACAACAUCUUACUUCCGGUCGAUGUACCUCACAGACAAACAUUACACGUAACUGUUAUUGCAGUGAAUCAAGCCGGAAGUAGAAAUCAUUUUCACUCGAGUCCUGUCAUAAUGGAUCACACUCCGCCGAUUAUAUCCAAUGCAACGAUGACCACUACUUACCGAGAAUUUGGAAAUCAAACGCUGUCAAAAGUUAGGGCCGCUUGGGAUGUCAUAGAUGAAGAGAGUCCAUUCACAGUUUGUUUGUGUGAAAUAAUUGAAAACGGGAUGUCUCAUGUAAUGUACCUCGGCAAGGAUGAAAACGAGUGCGAGACUUCAGAGAUAUUGAUAGAAAACGACACCUAUUUCUCUACACGUAUACAAUGUACGAAUUCCGCCAAUUUGUAUCAGGUCACUUCAGUAGAUCCUAAGCAUGUCAUACUCCGUAGACCUGAGAUCACAAAUGCAAGGAUUACAUUUCACACCACCUCGGAAACAUCUGCCGGACUUCCGGUAGUACGAUCCUCUUCGAUGUUAACGUUCUCGUGGGACAUAUACGCUGAUCCAUUCGAUAUCGAUGACUAUUCCUACAGAAUUUGUCGAGGUAAUCAACACAUUACGGAGUGGGAGACGACUGACCUUCGGAACUACGCUGCGAUAGAUCACGUGACCCUCAAAGACAAUGACAUCUAUACCGUAGAAGUUAGGACAUGCUUUAAUGACGGGAUGUUCUGUGCAGUUAUAAAUGGAUCCUUCCUGAUUUCUGGGGAACCACCGAUCUUAACAGGACUCCAUCCAAGGACCGCCAGACGUGAUAGUGGUUUGAUUCUUGUCUGGGAUGAUGUCUUUAAAAUUCGACCAGAACUACUUCCGCGGUAUACAGUGACAGCUGGUACCGGAAUGGGUUUAGCAGACUUGUUACGUCAGGUUAAGACCACGGAGCGUCAUGUGGUGUUCAGUUAUUUCAGCGGAAGUGACGUGUACAUACAUAUCACGUGUACCUAUGUUACUGGGCCGCUAACUACAUAUCGAGGGAAAGUGAAUGUGACAUUUUAAAGUAUAUCUUUUGUAAAUUGAAACGUAUGUAGAAAAUGUAAAAACGAUACGUGUCGAAAAAGGUUUGUUUUCAGAAUUGAGUUGGCAU